GCAGACAGGUUGUCGUUAACAGCGGGGUCGUUCAAGGAGGAUUUAUCAUCUUCUUUUUUUAAUUUUUAUUUUUAUUUCCCAGCGCGCACUUUGUUCUGCUUUUACUCCCAUAAACGACUGAUGGAAAGGGCAUCCUGCUAGGUCCCACCUAGCGCCAUGUCCUCCCUAACGAGCCUGCUGAGUCUGUUAACAAAUAGUUUAACCCAUUAGGAGGACAUACGCAGCCAGCCUCCCUCCGUGAUGGCCUUUUUUCGGCAGCUGCAACUUCUUCUCUGGAAGAAUGGGCUGACAGUCAUCAGACAGCCGCUAUGGUCCCUGACUUUGAUCAUCUGGCCUCUGAUUAUCUUCAUCAUCAUUGCUGUGACCCGCAACCAGUUCCCUCCAGUAGUAAAAGAUACAUGUUAUGUGGCACCCCGGAACCUCCCCAGCACGGGCUUCUUCCCUUUCCUUCAGACCCUCAUGUGCAACACAGACAGCAACUGUCAUAACAAAUCACGUCUGGCAGACCCAACAGCAUCAAAGUCAUCUCUGAAAUCCUCACGGAAAAAAAGGUCGACCGCGUCGAACGGUUCCCCUCUGGCAGACCUGAUUCAGGGGGAUACUUUUGACCUUUCCUUCCUGAAGGACUCCAGCAAUGAUCCUACAGAACUGGUUGAUUUCUUGACCAACAUUUUGGGUCCAUCUAACCAAGGAAGAUCUAAUAAUGUCUCUCUCAUGAACGCCAUCAGUAGCAGUCCUCUGGGAGAUCAGGAGACCUUGAACCAAACACUGGAGUCACUGAACGUGGUGAAAAGAGCCGUCUGCUCCGUAAUGCUGCCCAUGAUGAACACAACCUCAGCCAACACCCUCUGCUAUGCUGUGGUCACUUUCUGCAAGUCCAACAACACUGUGUUUGAGGUCUCGCUCAACACACUCAACCAGAUACUGAUGCAGCUGAUGCUGACAAAACCAGAUGAGAUGGCGACGGGGGCUGGGAUGGCAGUGUUGUUGUUCGAUCAGCUGCAAAAUCAGACCUCACUCUGGGAAAGCCUGCUAGCUAUUCCAAAGCUCUUCUCCUCUGGUUCUGUUGACCAAGUGCUGGGCACCACGGAGACCCUACUCACCAACGUACAGGGUGCUAUACAUGUCAUCCAGACCAAUUUCCCUGAAGCCGGUGCCUCACUUUCCACAGUGCAUCCACUGCUUGUUGGAGGCAUCAACAUUCUCCACUAUGUUCAAAACUGGCCGGGCAAAGAAGUGUCCGUUUCCCUUGGAGAUGUCGUCACGUUGCACAAUGACUCACUGAGUGAAAUGGUGAAAUAUGUUCUACAAGAAGUCCAGAUACCACUGGAUAAGGCUAUCGGCCUGACACUGGACAGAGAUAUGGUGCGUUCCUACCUGUGUGACAACAGCAGUAAGCCGAUGUGGUUAACAGCAGCGUGCAAUACAGGCACUGUGGACAUGCUUCUGGGCUGGAUCUGUCCUGAUAAACUGGCAAAACAGGCUCUCCUGGCGUGGAGUAAGCACGUUGCUCCUCAUGAUGUGUCCUUCGCCAAGGGGCUGCUGCACAGUCUGAUGGGAGGUUUAUCCCCAGGAGGGCAGGGAAGCUCCAACAUCACGAGGACCCACCGUAGCAUAGAUACACAACCACAAAACAUUGAGGAGGAGCUGUUUCUGGAGGUCGGUCAAGUGGUGAUGGAGAUUAUAAAAAUUGUGCCUGAGGUGGAUAUGGUUGUCCAGGGUAUCCUUAGAACUGGCUUUCAGUCCAUGAAGGCAGCGACAGUGACCCUUGAGACUGUUGAAGAGCUUAUGGUAAAUGUUCUGAAAGAUGCUGAUCAACUCCAACUGACUUAUCUAACAUUGCUGACAAACCAGACUGAUGCAAGUGUUUGGAUGGGUCACGUUCUGGACAGUGUGAUGGAAGUGAUUAUGAAGAGUCUGGCUCAUGAGCAUUUAACCUGUGAGGAUCUCUUGGGUCCCUUCGAGUGGCUCUUAAACACAGAGAGUGUAAAGAUCGAGGUGUGGAGAUCAAUGAUCUGCCAAAACAACUCUGUUCUAGAGCAAGCUCUGGCGAUGGACUGGCUGCCAGUGGUUCAGAAGGUACAAGACUUGUACAGCACCUUCACACAACAAGCAGACUACAACGUGACACUUCCUAUGAUUCUCUCUGAGUGGCACAAGUUGUACAAUGACUCUUUGCAGUUUGGAAUGUUUUCGGAACGACUGGCCACAGAACUGGGUGGAGCAUACUGGAUGAACUGGAUGCCAAACAUCACUCUUGAUGUUAUUGGGACUCUUCAACAAAGUGUGUUUUUGUCCGUGGUGAAUUUUGGACAAACUAUUGAGAAGAGUCAACUGUGGCCUGAGGUAAAGAACUAUUUCCACAUGGUUUACUGGAUUUUGAACUACAGGCCUGGUGUCACAACUCAGCCAGCAAACUGUUCUGUUAACAUCAACACCUUUGCCAUUCAGUGCGAUACUGGUUUGAACUGGCAACAUUUUGUAAAAGCAAUGGCUGAUGCUCUGAUGUCACCAAACCAAGAAGUCCUGUUGAAUUGUCUUAAAGGAACUGUGAAUCUGUUGCAGCAUGUGUAUGGUGACAUAUAUAAACAUCUGGCAGGAUCAUAUUUGAAAGAAGGAAUUCAAGGUGGAGAUGCACUCUCUGCCUACCUGAUUAACCUGCUGAAUAACCUGGAUGGCUUUGUCCAGAAAAUCACCACACUUAGUGACCAAAGCAUCUCUAACCCUGAUGUCAUACUUCCCCACAUCGGUAACCUGUUACAGUCCACAGGCCUGGCACCACUGCUGCCUCUGCUUCUCAGUGAAGGUCCCCUCAAUGUCUCCACAGUGAUUGAUGUUGCCUCAAAGAUCGGCAGAGUCAACCAGCACAUUUUUACCUUCAAUGAGACGAACCCAACAAUGCCUGAACUGGAACGGUUGAUCAUGCAGUUCCUCUCCUUGGAGGGUAACCUCACCAUGUCUCUCUCCCACAUCAUGGGACACACUCUGCUCACCUAUUCAAACUACUUCCACCCUGAUGAUGUGGCCCGUCUCAGAGAAGCCAUCCAGCCUUUCACCAACCAGACCUCAGCAGGCCUUGUAGAGUCCAUCCUCAGUGCCAUGGAGCUUUUGAAGACAGUUACGGAUUCUCCAAAUGGUGACCCAACUAACAUAAUUAUUGGGUACAUACGCCAGCUUCAAGAAUUUGUGAUGUCAAUGUUUAGACUGCGAAGAAUCCAAAAUCUCGUGUUACCAAGUGGGCAGCUGAGCACAGCACAAGUCACUGACCUUCACCUGCUUUCCAUGGACUUUCUCAGCCUCCUCACCCCUGAGAGCCUUGAGAACCUUGCCCAGGCUGGACCAGAUGCUGCCCAGAACAUUGUCAUACAGAAAUUUGUGGCAUUCUUACCACCUCAGAUCCAAGAGGAAGCUGCUCGCUUUCUCCAGGAUUUCAAAGCUUUGCAGUAUCAAAUAAUCAAAUGUGCAGCAGGCCAGAACUGUUUGGCUGGAAUCUCAGAAGUCUUUGCAUUUCUGGAUCAGAUACUGGAAAUUACACUUUCGGCUAAUGGUAAUGUCACAAUUAAUUUGGCUGCAAACAAGUCUGUUCUGGUGGGACGGGAAUAUGAAGAAAUUGCAUCCCUUUUCUUCUCACUUCUCCUGUCCUCAAACGAUGCUGCCUAUGUGGAAACAUUCAAACAGACUCUUCAUUUCAUCAGAGUGAUCAUGGCUACACCAAAUAUUACCGUGUCUGAUAUCCAGAAUGCUCUCAGACAGUCAAACCUAACCCUUGAGGAGCUGAACAACAUUGCUGCACUAGCUGGAGCUGCCAACAUAAACGACCUGAUUGUAAAUAUAAUGGAGGUCAUCAAUGUCCGCCAGUGUUUUGAGCCACAGAAUAACGAGAUGGUGACAAUGCAGUGUGUUAUGGAGUUGAUAAACGGGGUCAACAGUUUCCUGACACACCUACCUGCUCUCCGUAAUGAGACAGCAAUCCUCUCCCUCAUUCCGUUGAUCAUCAACAAUGCCAUCAGUGAUGUUGUCCAAGUUAACUUCAGCGCCAGUCCUGACAUGGUUCUCGUAAACACCCUGAACAGCACCCUGGCCAAUGUCAAGAUGGGCCUCCAGCUGAACCAGCUGAACACUCCAGAGAUCAUGAAUGAAAUCAGAGUACUGGAAGGUCUGAUACAUCUAGCUGCCAACCCCAAACUGUUGUCCAACAAUUUUAACGACACCAUGUAUGCUCAGAAAGUCUAUCUAAGCACUAUAAAUUGGUACUUGAAAAGGCUGGAAAAUAUCACCAGCACCAGCUCAGUCUCAGAGCUCCUCCAUCCCUUUUUCUACCUCACGCAAAUGCAAGUGACAGUACAGCUGGCACAGCUAAAUGUCUCUUUGUUUGUGGGUAGCCAGGUUGAGCUCCUGAUGAACAGCCUCCAGUACCCAAUAGAUGGUGCAGGGGUGAGGAAAAUUGGCCAGACAGCAGUUGAGAUUUUCCAGCGUAUAUUUGAAUCAACAAUGGACAAUUUGGAGAGCCAAUCUAAUCUCCCAGGUUAUGACCCGUGGCUCAACACAACCAUUCUGUAUGCUGCUAGGCACCAAGUUAAUCUAUACCUUGAUCUCAUACAGAAGUGGGUGGAACAGCCCAAUGUCACGUUGGUUCUCACUAGUAUGCUCCAAUGGGGAGACUCUUCCAUGAAUAUGUCCACCCCUGUGACAGACCUCCACCAUUUGCUGCAGACAAUGGUUAAUUUUCUCAGUGAUGAUGAACUGGCCUACCUCCCCAACAUUAAUAAUAUCACCCAGUCCCUGAGCAAUGCCCUAAUGGUGGCAGAUCAACCAGGUGGCCUACAGAGUGAUGCCGCUCUCUGUACAGCAGAACCUCCUUGAAAUUGUGCGGGACUCCAUUAAGCUCCUUGUUCAACCAGAUCUCAGUUUUGCCUCAUCACGCAACAUCUCCCUCAUCAUCCUUAACAAGGCUGAGAGCAUCAUCCAAGAGACAAUACCAGAAAUGUUUGCUGUGUACCUCCUUUCUGGACUAAAAGUUGCAACCUCAUAUUUUGAGACCACUGUUGCUGCCAAUUUUGAAUGAGAUGAAGACAGUCCAGAGCCUCCUGCCACCAAACAACACAGCCCAGGCCUACAUUUCUGGACUCAUUAACAUCACUCACUUCAUCUUGGAGUCUGGCCAAGGCAACAUGAGCCUCUGGGCAAGUUUUGAGUCUGCAUCACUAAAAGAUUUGCCCAUGAUUACUGACCAGGUGGGAAAACUCUUGUGCAUGCUUUGGCCUCUUGUCAUGGGAGGUCUAGGCUCACAGACGGCUGCUCCAUCUCUGCAGAGCUUUGCUCAUCUUCCUUCAGUCCUGGAGCAGAUGAUGACCGGGAAGGCAAACAAAACCACGUGGAACCAACUUGAAAAGAUGCUGUCAAGUUAUUUGCAGAUACAUGGAACAGAUAUGUGGGACCCUUCUGUUAUUCCACUGAUUGAAAAAACUGUUGGAAAUACAGUAAACAGCAUGCAAGCAGAGAUUGAGCUGAUACAAAGCCUACAGAUGCCAGUGGUGACCCUGAUGGAGGAAAUUGCACAGUCUGUGAACACCAGUCAUUUUAACUUGUCCGAAGUCGUGGAAAGACUGCCACUUGCCAUUGAACGCACCAUGCAGGCAGCUCAGCAGGCUAAUGGUACAUUGGAGUGCAGUGAAGUUCUCAAUGCAUGGGAGCCAGUAAGAGAGGCAGCGGAAUUAAGCCAUGCCGCCAUGGCUAUGUGGUGCAACAUCAACCUGCAGCCUGUUUUAGAGGCCUAUAAUAGAGGGACCCCCAUGAACAUGAGUCACAUGGAUGUGGGACCAGUGACUGUGAAUGCCACAGCUGCCAGACUUGUUAAGAUUGUACAUUCUAUCUACCAAGUCAUCAUUAACCGCACAGUUGUGACAGAGCACCUCAUCAUGACUUUGACCAGUCAGCUCUGUGCGCUGACAGACCAGCCACUGAGCCCAGAGGCACAGCAUCAGUGGUACAACCAGCUCCAGGACAUGCAGUUGCAAAACAGUUUAUCUGCCAUCAAAUUGCUCUCAGACGAGCUCCUCAGUGUUACUCCCUACCUCCAGCCUUACAUUAAACCUAUAGAGAAAACUCUGAGGCACAUCCUGGAGAACUACCAUCUCAUUCAGGACAGCAGCUCAGCCCAGGAUGUCUUCGGAGAAGCAGCAAUGAUCCUCCUGUCCUCUGCAAACAUCACCGUGGAUGACAUGUUCUCCAUGAUGUGGGGAAAUUUUUCUGGAAUCAAUGACGCAUCUGUCACUGGCAUGAUAAGGGACGCUGUCAAACUGAUGAUUGACAUGAAAAUAUUCGGGGAUGCGCCUAUGGUUUACCAAGCGUUGGAGCAAUUUCUGGCAUUCAAAAACACAAGCUUCAUUGUGCAGAAGUUGACCGAGAUGGCUGCAUGGUUGUCUUCCACUGAAGCGUCUGGACUGGACCUGCUUACUCAGGCUCUGCCCAAAAUCUAUGACAUCCUCAGGCCUCUCUUGUCUGUUUUUACCCAGACGGGUAUGGGCAUGAAACCAAACAUGGAGCUGUUUACAGACCUAGCAGGAAACAUAAUUGCAAUGUUGAGGCAGCUGGUAAGCACCAGUGGUCUUCUGGCCCCAAUGAACCACCAUCCGAUGUUUCAGCACGAAAUGACAGGCGGUAACCAUACGAUGAAGGGCCACCGGCGCAGACGUGAGGCCCCGUUGAUGCCUACAAGGGACCCCAUGGAUGACUUCAUAGACCUGUUCUACAUUGACUACCCUGCCAUGUUCAAAGCCAUCUCGGUCCCUCCUACCACAGCAGAAAUUAUGGAGACAGUCCAUGUGUUCUUUGGCAAUCCUGAUCUGAACGUUGUGGUGAAAGGAGCUACUAACAACAUGCCAUGGGGCUUGAAUGCCUCUAGGGAAGAGACCGUUGAUGCUGCCCUCGGGAUGCUCACCUUCUUCACUCUCCCUGGUGCAAUUCAGAUGUCAUCAAUGGAUCUCUUGAUGAGUGCUGCUCAUAUUCUUCCUGAUGGCUUUCCAUUCUCUGCAUUGCUGAAGAAUAUAACCACAGCACUUGCCAGAGAAUCUCAAGAUAACCUGAUGCUCAUGCAGCAGACCAUCCAAACAGCCGCUGAGCUCUUCCAGAUCAGCCCGACAGAUCCGCAGUUCUCACAGCAACUUGGCCACCUGAAAUCCCAGGUGUGCACCUUGGAGAACACAGAGUCUGUGCGUCUGUUGAUGGUGGCCCUCUCCAUCGAGCCCGGUCAGCUGUGUAACACUUUCCUACCCAGCCUCCAGAUCUUGGUCAAGAGUCUGAUGAUGAACAUGACCGCUCUGACCGAUGCCAUCUUCCAGGCGGUCAUUGGAGACCCUAGAACCUACAAUGUCCAGUCAAUUUGGAACUCUGAGUUGACUCAAGGUUUCAGCUUUAACACCAGCAGCCUGCGCUCUCUCCAAGUUAACAUCACCUCCCCAGGAGUGGUGACAGUCGGUGAGAUCCUGAGAAAUAAAACAGCCUUCUUUGUGGAUGUUCAGCAACACAUGGAUUAUGACCCAGCGGCUCUCCACCUCCUGUUGGAAACCACUCUACCAAACAACAAUUUAGUGAUCCUGUCCUGGUUGGUCAACCUGCGUCACUGCAACUCCACCACACCAUUCAUGAACAUGACAGAGACGGACGUGGCCAUCUAUAGGACCUUUUGCUCCAUGUCUGUUGAACAGUGGUACAGCUUCUCAAUGCUGAUGGCUCGCCAUCUCAACAUGGAGAAAGUCAUCUACAGAAUGGUGUUGUCUGAAGACAUGCAGAGCCUGGUGGGACUCAUGCUUCAGGUGGCUAAGGUUCUAACCAACAUGAUGAACACGUUUCUUCCUGCCAUCAGUCAGCUGCAAAACUACCUGCUCUCCAUCAAUGACCUCAACCUGGUGUCCAACAACGAAUUUAAUGAAAUGACGAGAGGACUGAGGAGCAGCAUCUCUACCAAAGCUACAUUCGUCACCCUCUCUCGAGCAUUGUGCAGUAACGGUAUCAUGGCUCUGUUUGGAAUCUCCCAACUCCCCAUCGGGUCGGAGUCAAGCCCCUCCUUCCCCGACGACCGCAAGAGGGAGGAGAUGAUCGAGCGGUUCAAGAUCCCACGAAAUGCCACUCCUUUCUGCAUGAACAUGUAUCUGGACAUGGUCAACACCACUGGAGGAGCCAUUGCCUGGGCCUUCCUCAAACCAAUGCUAAUGGGACAAAUUCUAUACACCCCUGACACACCUGUCACUAGGGCCAUAAUGGAGAAGGCCAAUGCGACCUUGCAGGAGUUUGCAAAUCUGAGGAAGAACUCUGAGGACUGGAUCGAAUCCUCCAAAUACAUAAUAAACUCUGCCCAAAUACUCAGCAACACUUUGCCAAUGCUGCAGAAUUCCCUCGGCAAUUCCUUUGUGAAGAACUUCAUUGAGAUGCAGACAGACAUCAAUGUCGACAAAAUGAAGGAGACGCUCAGCAACUUCUCUAACAUGACGGUCAUGCUGGAGAAGAACAAGCAAAUACUGAAUCAGAUCACCACCUUGUCCACGCUGAUGGUGGACCUCUCCUCCUGUAUCAAGUUUGACCGCUACCAAGGCUACGACUCUGCCGACCAGCUCAACGCAGAAGCCCAUGAGCUUGCCAAAAACCGAGAUCUCUACGCAAGUGUCAUCUUUAAGCUUCCCAAAGAUGAGGACUCAUCCAGGAAGCGUCAGGCCAGGUCUUCGUCCUCUACAACCUCCCUGCCUCCCAAAGUCAGCUACACUAUCCGCAUGCACAUGGACAACGUCAUGCGCACUGACAGAGUCCGGGACCCCUAUUUUGUGAGCGACCCGCACAUCUCGGCCAGGCAGACGAUGCGCUACAACCGGGGCUUUGUCUACCUGCAGGAGAACAUUGAUCGGGCUAUCAUUGAGACCCAGACUGGACAGAGGGUCACAGAACCGGCUGUCCAGCUGCAGCCCUUCCCCUAUCCCUGCCACCUCCGGGAUGAGUACCUGGAGGCCAUCUCUUUUGUCUUCCCACUCAUGCUGAUGAUGGCCUGGGUGCUGUUUGUGGCUGAUUUUGUGAAAAAGCUGGUGCAUGAGAGAGAGCUGAGGCUGCAUGAGUACAUGAAAAUGAUGGGAGUGAACCCGCUCAGUCACUUCUUUGCCUGGUUCCUGGAGUGCGCCGCCUACCUGGUGUUGACCAUCUUUAUCCUCACGCUGGUGCUGAAAUAUGGCCUCAUCCUGCCCAACAGUGACGGCUUCCUCCUUUUCCUCUACCUCUGCGACUAUGGAUUGAGCGUCCUGGCCUUCAGUUACCUGGUCAGCUCCUUCUUUGACAAGACCUACAUUGCCGGCCUCAGUGGCAGCCUCCUCUACAUCCUGUGCUUCUUCCCCUUCAUUGUGGUCAUGGCCGUGGAGACAAAUCUCACCUUUUCCCAGAAGAGCGCCUUGAGUUUGUUUUCCCCGACCUGUUUCAGUUACGCCAGUCAAUAUAUCUCUCGCUACGAGGCCCAAGGAGAAGGCAUUCAUUGGAGAAACUCGUACACCUCGCCCAUACCUGGAGACACGGCUUCGUUCGGUUGGCUGUGCUGGCUGUUGCUCAUCGACUCCAUCCUCUACUUCAUCAUUGGGGUUUACAUCCGCAUGGUCUUCCCAGGAAAGUACGGCAUCCCUGCCCCGUGGUACUUCCCCUUCAAAGCCUCCUUCUGGGCUGACCUGUGCUGUUGCCGGAAGUCUAACACUAAGGUGGACAGAGGACUCCUCUUUGCCAACAUCAUGCAGAAAAACCAGCCUGUCUUCUCUGACGACAAGGGAAAAGGCCAGAACACUCUUUCCUCUCAGGCCGGUGAGGAUUUCUCAGAGCUACCAGUAGGCGUUGCCCUCCAUGGUCUCAGCAAGAUCUACGGCGACCAAGUGGCUAUUCAAAAUCUUAACGUUUCCUUCUACGAGGGGCAUGUCACCUCACUGCUUGGUCACAAUGGAGCCGGCAAGACCACCACCAUGUCUCUUCUCACUGGCCUUUUCGCCCCAUCGUCUGGCGCCAUUGAGGUGUACGGCAAAGACAUGCAGACCAACAUCGAUGACGUUCGCAAAGAGUUAGGGGUGUGCAUGCAAUACGAUGUCCUCUUUGACCACAUGACGACCAAGGAGCACCUGCUGCUGUACGGCCAGAUCAAGGCCCCACAAUGGUCACGCAGGGAACUGCGUGAACAAGUCCGCAUGAUCCUAGAGGAGACAGGCAUGUACGCUCAUAGACACAAGCGGGUGGGCACCCUGUCGGGCGGCAUGAAGCGCAAGCUGUCAAUCUCCAUCGCCUUCAUAGGGGGCUCACGCUUGGUGGUUCUGGAUGAACCCACCACAGGAGUUGAUCCAUGCUCCAGGCGCAGCAUCUGGGACAUUGUUAUCCAGCAUAAGAAAAAUCGCACCAUCAUCAUGUCCACCCACCACCUGGAUGAGGCUGAAGUACUGAGUGACCGCAUCGCCUUCCUGGAGAGAGGAGGAUUAAAAUGCUGCGGAUCCCCCUUCCACCUGAAAGACAAGCUGGGUCAGGGCUACAAACUCACUCUCACCAAGAAGAUGCAGAACCUAGAAUCAGAGCCGAUUGACAAUGCUGAACUGAAAACCUUCAUCCAAGCUCAUGUACCUGAAGCGCGACUGAAGGAGGCCCAGGGGGGUGACCUGGUCUACUCACUGCCCCCCUUCACCUCAUCCAAUGCCUCCUCAUACCGCUCCCUCCUGACUGCACUGGACUCCAACCUGGACGCCUUGCAGCUAGGAGGCUAUGGCAUCUCUGACACCACCCUAGAGGAGGUGUUCCUCGAAUUGACUCACGGCAACACAGAAGCUGGGUCGGAGGACAGCCCCCGGUCUAUCUCAGAGACUGUUUCUGACACUGGAUCCAUCGACAGUUUCCCUUCAGACAUCAGUGGAAGCAUCUCCAGCUUUGGUGACAAGAUCAAGCUUACCGGUUCGUCCGUAGUGCGGGGCAUGGCCCUGGCCUGGCAGCAGACGGCAGCCAUAUUGAUCAAGAGGUUCCACCACAGCCGCAGAGACUGGAAGGGUCUGAUCGCCCAGAUCCUGCUUCCUGUCCUGUUCAUGGUGUUUGCCAUGGGCCUGAGUUCCAUCAAGAGUGACUUGCAACACUAUCCGGAGCUCGAGCUCAGCCCUGCGCUUUACAAAUUUGGACGAAGCUACUCUUUCUUCAGUAACCAAAAUCCCAACUCCAGCCAGUUGACGGACGCCAUGAUGUCAUUCCCUGGGAUCGAUAAUUCCUGCCUCGACAAGUCUUAUAAACCGGUCUGCACAAGAAGCACAAGCAACUGGACUUCCAGAGGGAACAGCUCCAAAGCAUUUAGUGUCUGUAAAUGCACCCGUCAGGAACAGGUUUGUGAUGGGGGCAGCUUCCAGCCGCCCCAUAAGACCAUCCCUUCAUCUCAGAUUGUGUAUAACCUGAGUGGCAUCAAUGUGGAGAACUACCUGAUGGUCACAGCAAAUGACUACAUCAGGAACAGGUACGGUGGCUUUGCUUUUGGCAUGCCGCUCCCUCCUGACUUACAAAUGGACCUAACAGCGGUGCCCAAAAACCGCACUCUGUCUAAGGUCUGGUUCAAUCCUGAGGGCCACCACACAAUGCCAGCGUACUUAAACAGCCUCAGCAACUUAAUCCUACGCUCCAAUCUUCCAGCAGACAAGGAUCCGCGUAAAUAUGCCAUUUCAGUUUCCAGUCACCCCUACUUCGGCCGGGUGGAUGAUGAAGAUACAAUUAUCCAGGGAAUGCUCCAGAUCCUAGUGGCUAUGUGUGUGCUGACGGGUUACUCAAUCACGACAGCCAGCUUCGCCAUCUAUGAAGUCAACGAGCACCACAGCGGCUCCAAGAGGCUCCAGCACAUCGCUGGCAUCAGCGAGCCCUUCUACUGGGCUGUGAACUACUUUUAUGACAUGGUCAUGUAUCUGAUCCCUGUGACCUUGACUGUCGGUGUGAUCGCAGCCUUUCAGAUUGACGCAUUCACAGAUCGGCAAAAUUUGGGUGCCGUCACACUGCUUCUGGUGCUCUUUGGGUUUGCUACCUUCCCCUGGAUGUAUCUGUUAUCAGGCGUCUUCAAGGAUGCAGAGAUGGCCUUCAUCACCUAUGUGUGCAUCAACCUCUUCAUCAGUGUCAACACCAUCAUGUCCACCUCCAUUCUAUACUUCCUGGGUCAAAUUUCAAUGCGCAACCCUGAGGUCAUCCAGGACAUCUUCCAGAAGCUGAGCUACGCCUUCCUAAUCUUCCCCCAGUUCAACUUCGGGAAUGGGCUAAUGCAGCUGGCCAGGAUGAACAUAGAGGUCCAGAUCCUCAGUGGCUAUGGCAUCGAUGCCUAUAAGAACCCGUUCUCUCUAGAUGCCCUGGGCUGGAUGUUCAUUGCCUCCUUCAUCCAAGGCGUGGUCUUGUUCAGCCUGCGCCUCCUGCUCAACAAGUUCCUUAUGCGCAAAGUCAGGCAUCUGAUUUGCGGCAGAAAGACAGUGCCCCAGGGGGCUUGCGAGGACAAGGAUGAGGAUGUGGCAGCUGAGCACCUACGGGUGUCCAGUGGAGCAGCCAGCUCAGACUUACUACAGGUCAACCAGCUCACUAAGGUCUAUCAACACCUCAAGAAGAAGGUCCCUGCUGUUAAGAGGCUCUCUGUGGGCAUCCCGGCAGGAGAGUGCUUCGGUCUGCUGGGAGUGAACGGAGCAGGAAAAACUACCACCUUCAAGAUGCUGACGGGAGAUGUUAGCCCCACUGAUGGCUCAGCACAGAUCAGGGACUGGGAUGGGCGGUUGGUAGAUAUCAUGGAGUGCCGAAACGAGGGAAUUAACAUCGGCUACUGUCCCCAGGUGGAUGCACUGGACGAUCUACUCACCGGAGAAGAGCACUUGUACUUCUACGGUCGCAUACGAGGCAUCUCAAAGAAGGAGUUAGAUGGGGUGGUGAAGUACCUGCUGAAGAAGCUGGAGCUGACCUACCAUAGAAACAUCACUACCGGUGGUUACAGUUGCGGCACCCGCAGGAAGCUCUCCACUGCGCUGGCUCUCAUUGGACAUCCACAGAUCCUGCUCCUGGAUGAGCCGAGCUCUGGCAUGGACCCUCGCACCAAGCGCCACCUGUGGAAAAUCAUCUCUGAAGAAGUGAAAGGGAAAUGUGCCGUGGUCCUCACCUCUCACAGCAUGGAGGAGUGUGAGGCACUGUGCAGUCGCCUUGCUAUCAUGGUGAAAGGGCAGUUCCGUUGCCUGGGCUCCCUGCAGCACAUUAAGAACAGGUUUGGCAGCGGGUUUACUGUGAAGAUGUACUUGGCCGAGGCCUCUACUGACACAGAGGCAAUCACUGGUUUCAUGCAGCGCCGAUUCCCCAGCACUUACCUCAAGGACCAGCACUCCACUAUGGUGGAGUACCACGUACCAGUUGCUCCAGGAGGGGUGGCUGACAUCUUUGACCAGCUGGAGUCCAACAAGAAUGCUCUGCAGAUCAAACACUUCUCUGUGAGCCAGACCACACUGGAUGAGGUCUUCAUCAACUUUGCCAUGGGAAAGAUUGGCAUGGAAACCAUGCCAAGACUAAUUCACAGCGAGGAUGAAAGUGAUGGCCUGGGCUCCAUUAAAGCAGUUGAUACAUAGAGCUGACUGCCAUCUUUUCUUUGCCAUUUUGUCCACUGUGAAAUGAAACACUGUUUCAAGUAAAUCUGCCUUUAAUCUGCCCUUUAUGUAAAAAGUAAGAGUUUAAACCAUUUGUGUUUUAGAAAUACUGAUUAUUUCAUGAAAAUGUCAUCAUAUGAAGGGUAAUUUAUGUCUAUACUUAAUAAAUUAAACUAUUAAUGAAGAGCAGAAAAACACAUGCACUUUUGCAUACAUGCACAGAAGUCUUAUGUUUAUUGACCUUUUUCCUAUCUUACAAGUCUUUCUUUAAUUCUACAGAUCUAAUUAUUUAUGAAGGAUGACAUUAAAUCAUACACUAUUCAUUUCUUUCUCUGGUGGGGCUUUCUCUGUUCACUAUUAGAUUAUUGCACCAUAGUCAAAAACACUGUUUCCUAUUUAGAAUCAAUUUGAUUUCAACUUAAUAUUGACAAAACCUGAUUUUACCUUAUCUUAAAGAACUUAUGCACUAAAUAUACAACAUGCCUAAAAAGGUCAUUUUAAUUGAAGGUAGAUGCUAUUGUGCCUACUGGAUGAAAUUUGACAAAAGAAAAUAUUCACACAGAAGAAUAUCCUCAAUAGGCAAUUUUUCCUUUCUUAUUAACACUUCCUAUAAGGGCAUACCUGACUUCUAGAAUGAAUGUACUGAAUAUUUAAUGGACUCUUGCCUGCUCAUGGGACUGUGUAUCAAGCCUAAUUUUUAUUAUUCUAA